CGGAAGAGAUGCCGGAAGUGGCGCCUGGAGGACCCGCUCGGGGCCGCUCUGGCCGCCGCUCUCUCUGGUGGCGGCGCAUUGGCGGCGGUACCAUAGAGAUGAGCGGGCAGAGAGGCGCCCGCCAAGAUGGCGACGCCCAGUGAUGAGGAGGGGGCGGUGGGGCCCAGGUGCCACCAGCGCUCCGUGGCCAUGCUGGACAUUCCCUUCCCGCCUUUCUGCGCCUUCCUGGGAUCCCUGGGCUUGCUCUGCGUGGCCCUGGUGGGCGCCUGGUGCCAGCACUGGCGCGGGGGCUUUUCCCUGGAUGGCGGAUCCCGGACUUUCAACUGGCACCCGGUGCUGAUGGUGACGGGCUUGGUGGUUCUCUACGGAGCAGCUGCCCUGGUUUACCGCGUUCCCAACACCUGGAGCGGCCCCAAGCUUCCCUGGAAGCUGCUGCACGGCGGCCUGGCUUUGGGAGCGUUCGUCCUCACCGUGCUGGGGUUAGCGGCCGUGUUCCGCUUCCACAAUUCCAACGGGACGCCCAACAUGUACUCCCUGCACAGCUGGAUGGGGCUGGGAACCGUCCUGCUCUUCUCCUGCCAGUGGGCGGCGGGAUUUGGAGCGUUCCUGCUUCCCUGGGCUCCCGCCUGGCUCCGGCAGCUGUACAAGCCCAUCCAUGUUUUCUUUGGCUCCACCAUCCUCAUGUUGUCUGUGGCUUCCUGCGUGUCGGGAAUCAACGAGAAGCUUUUCUUCAGCCUGAAAAACGGGACCACGCAGUACAAGCUCCUUCCUGCCGAGGCCGUGUUUGCCAACACUUUGGGAAUCCUGAUCCUGCUUUUCGGGGUGCUGGUGGUGGGUGCCCUGGCCAGGCCCAGCUGGAAGCGCCCGGAUUCCGACUCCCUGGAUUCCCGCCAGCCCCUGCUCUCUGCCGAGCGCUGAUCCCAAAGGAUCUCCCAGCAUUCCUGAGGGGUUUCCUGCAUCCUUGCCAUCCCAAGGAUUUCCCAGCACACCCAGUGUGUCUCCUGCAUUCUCGUGCCUCCACGUGCCAGCUCCUGCCUGGAUUUCCAGCUGUGCCAAACCCCAGCCCUUCCCGGUGCCACCCUGGAGCUGCCAGAGCCUCGUCAGGACAAAGAGGAACAUCCGUGUUAUUCCCACGUGUCACUCCCACUCCAGGGAAUCUGGCUCAGCAGGACAGGGAUGGAGCCACUCAGGGACAUGGAAUAAACCAGUGGCUUCCGCAGGAA